UCGCAUAUCUUUUGAGAUCCCAACAAAUUAAUGUUUUUAACCCAAGCUUUAUUUUCACUGCAGGUUGUGAAUGAAGAAUAUUUCUGCCUUGAAUUCCAUUACCAUGCCCGUUUGGAGCACUUUUCUCCCCGCAAGCUGCGGAUAGAAGAUAUUUGUCGCUUUUAAAGGAGUCUGAUGAAACUUUUUGGUUGCAGUUAUGUUAUCGGGGUGGAAAAUAUGGCGUUACAUUUUGGCUCGACUUAGAUUAAAGGUUUUGUAAUUUGAGGGAUUAGUAUGAAGCAAAGUAUGAAGCAAAUGAUUGUUUCUGCGUGAAAGGACUUAAAGAAACAUGGCCGGCAGAAGAUGCAUUGAUCUGUUUCAUAAGUUAGACCAUAUUUCUAAAAUGCCAUCCAUUUUACCUUAUUCCAAUACUCAGCUAGCCCCUGUCCAAAAUUUGAUGGGGAUGUACACCCAACCCAGAAUCAGAUUAGGAGGGAAUGCGAAUUACAUAGUACAAUAUAUGAGUUCGAAGAUAUCGGCAAGGUUAAUGCAGGUGCACCAAGUGCUCGAAGAAGCUCAAGCACGAGCUGAACAUGCAAAUGAACCGGUGCCAAAACUGACUUUAGAACACGUGACAGUGGGUUUUGCAAGAAGUGGAGGAGCUGGUGGACAAAAUGUUAAUAAAGUGAGCACAAAGGUGGAUAUGCGGUUCAAUGUUAUGGGUGCUAGUUGGCUGCCUCUACGAGUCAGAGAAAAAAUAUUGCAAAUGGAAAAGAAUCGAAUCAACAGUGAAGGAGAAAUUGUUAUUUCGUCCACCAAAACCCGGUCCCAGAAGGACAAUAUUAACGAUGCACUGGGAAAACUUCAGGCAAUAAUUAAUGCUGCUGCUUAUGUUCCACCAGCUCCAACAGACGAGAAGAUAAAAAAGAUUACAAAAUUAAGUUGGCGAGCAGAAAAGAUUGCAAUCUAAAAAAGUGCAUUCUUUAAAGAAAACUGGAAGGAGAAACAAAGGUGGCUGGGAUUGAUGAAGUGUUCUAGUUGAACUCAAGAAUCAGGCAUCUUACAAUUCCACUCACUCUGAAACAACAUGAACAGUUUGAAAUUUGAGACUAUGCCUUUGAAGAUGAAGCUUAUGCUAGCAAAUUUGUCAAAAUCAGCUGCUGGAUACAAAAUCUUUUUGCUUUGGAUAAUUUGGGGAUUUACUUAUUUACAUGAUUCUGCGAGGGGCACUUUUGUAACUAUUUUUAAUGCCUGAUGGCCACACUAAAAGAGCAAAAUUAACAAAUGAAAAAAGAAAGAUACAAAAUUAGUAUACAGAAGCUGAAAAGGACUGGUUCCAACCAAUUGAAAAUAUCCUUUUGAGAAUUUUGUUCUCACCAGUGACUUGUGGAUUGCUAUUUGGAUAGAAGAACAUUGAGAGGAUGGAAGAUGCUGGACUGUCAAUUUAUUAUUUAAGGACUUGCCAAAAUGUAGAAGUGCAUUGCCUAAAAUUUAUUCACAAACUUGCAUGAAUAAAUUUUUUCCAUGGAGCAUGAGCAA